UUACAUACUUCAAAUUUACAGCUUUUUUGUAUUUUAUACAUUCAACAACAAUUUUAAUGCCUCGCAACAGGACCAAAGGCACUAAGAAGGAAAAUACACCAAAACGAAGGGGAAAGGUUUUUAGUAAAAGUGAAAAGGAACAGAGCACCAAUUUUUUGUACCGCCUCUCCAGCGAAGAGAUUGACAGGUUAAAAUCCAUUCUCAAAGAGGAUGACUGGGUGAGCGUGCCCACACUGAUCGCGGCAGUGAUUUUGAAUAAAUAUGAGCUAGUGAAGCAGCUCGUAAAUGAAGGAUGCAAUGUGAACGCAUUUGGACGGAACCCCACAUGCACUCCGUUGAUGUGGGCUGUAAAAUUGAAGCACGUCGAGAUUGCUAACUUUUUAUUGGAAAAUGGUGCCAAAAAUAAUAACGGGUGCGGUAUUCUACUCAUGGCAGUAGAAAACAAGUGGGACGAACCUGAUUUGACAAAAUUGUGGAAUGAUAUAAAACACACGCUUGGAAGUGCAGAUUUUACGGGAAAUGAUUGCAAUCGGUUACUUCACAGGGCCGUUGAAAACAAUUGGAAUGGCUUUGUAAACAUAUUAAUCUCCGAAAAGGUUAACGUUAAUGUCCUAGCUUCCCAUAUGGUUACUCCUCUAAUGGUAGCCAGUUUCUCCAAUAAUUUGUCUAUAGUAAGCGCCUUGUUAGAAGCUGACGCCGAUGUUCUUCAGACAGAUGAGUACCAAAACACCGCAUUGUCACACGCGGUUGCUGCCGCCAUCAUCCGAAGCAUAGAAAAGCCACAUUUAGUAAUUGAAAAAUUACUGUCGGCAUUCGAGGUUCGCGGAAUUACCUUUCAAACGUUCCUAGAGAGUAUGGUCGAUGCCUUUUUAAGUCGACCAUUCAAACUCCAGAAAUCUGGAGGAACUUGCCGAGAUAUUAGGGGUUUUAUUAUUCCAUACACUAUGCGUUACCGAACCCUUGGUAUACGCUCACUAUUAGGAGCACACAUCUUCAAGAGGGUUGCGCAAGCAACGGAAAGAAACAUGAGCAGCGUUCAGCAUUUAACCAGUUGCUUGGUGGUAAUGAACAGUUUGCUUGAUACGAGAAACGAGCUCGAUUCCACUUUGGAAAGUUUCAUUGCAGACGGUUGCGCAACUAUUUGUUUGGCAAUACUGAAGAAGUAUGGAACAAGUUGCGAUAUUGAUUGUUCACUCGCUUUGAAACCUUUGAUUAAACUUAGCCUUGGUCAUGCGAGUGGACGGACGUGGUUACGGAAACAUUGCGAGGAAAUAACUUUAGCGCAUCAACAAAUGAAAAUCAAAUAUAGCAAUUGUAAUGCAAAUACCGAUGACGCAAAGGAUUUCUUAAAAUUUACGGAAUUAUUUAAUGCGAUCAAAGAAGAGAAAUCUCUCCAACUAAGAAACGCCGGAGAGUUUCAAACCAAUGCGGGUCAAUUUGAACCGGAGAGCCUAAAAAAUAAAUCGCGCGAAGUUGCCACCGCCGCAAACCGAAGCACUGGCUCUGCGGGGGACCAGAGUCAAAAUGGUAAAAAGUUUCUAGAUUACAAAAGCGCGUCAGAUACCUCCAUACUGAAAGCCUCGCAGAAUUCCACGGAAACUGAUGAGGAAAAACCUCGAUGGUCUGAACUUUCGACGUGGGAAGAUGUGUGGUUAAUGGAUAGCGGUAAGGAUCCGUUAAUAACGAAGUACCACGAAACGUUGGCGCUGCUAGAACACAAAGUUACGGAAGAUAUUAACCACAGUAUGCAGUCUGAUACUAGUAGUCACGAGGAGGGAAAAUUAGUGAACAUACUCGGAACUGCCAAUUCCCCGCAGAAUGCUGAGGUGCAAUUUCAAUCAGCCAUCACUUACCUAUCGGGACUUUUGAACAAAAUUUUGCAGAAGUUUCAGUGUCACUGGGGCCAGGAUGCCUCACGUGCGCGUGAUGACACAAAGGACGAGGGGUCGUACAAUUCCGAAGCUAUGAAGAAACUGGAGCUCGUCCACGUGGAAAGACUGCGGGCGGAGUUUGAAGAUCUAGUUGUGCAACUUAACCAUAGUGCCCCGGAUCAUUUAUUCGAGUGCACUAAGCUAAUGACUGAAGUUGAAAAUUUGCUUUUGAAUUUUAAAGUUAGGGGUAAAUCUAUGAUUGAUGAUACCUUGCAAAUAGCAUCUACGCAGGAGAAAGACGUUGGUGAGAAAAUGCCAAUGCAGCUGAAUGGCGACAGUUACUCUAAGGAUGACUGUCAGGAACCAGCUCCACCGGAGUACACUGUUCCGGAUGAGCACCCUGACGCUUUAUAUCUUAGGGAAAUGCUCGCACUUCCUCCAAGGAAACCGAUAAACUCUUCAAAAGUAGCAAUCGACCGAGAAAAGACCAUGAAACACGCUUACCACUUGUGUAAUUCAAUUGAAGCGCUAGUAGAUGAUUACACUGAUUUAGAAGACAAUAUAAGCAAUGGCCAUUCAAAAUACACAAAGCGUUUGCCCAUCGAGGAACAAGUUUUCUCUGUUGGAAAACGUGGCGGUGAAAUGAAAACGCCUCCUAAAAUUGAAUUUGAUCCUGGUUACGAAUUUAUGCCGAGCCGUUGGUGUAAUGUAAUUAAGAGCCUUCAACUGUUAAAAAAUUAUAACGUACUGUUAAAUGGCGACAUUCGUGUUAGUGGAGAAGAAGUGCACGAUGUCCACAUCAUAUCGGCCGGUGGCAGUUUCAGUCCGGUGGUUUUAGGUCUCGACUCGAAAGAUCGCCCGUUGGCGGUGAAACGAAUAAAAGCGAGAGACGACGUGUCAAAGUUGAUGAAGGAUCUCAUAAAUCCACUGCUCGGCUUAAGAAACGCGAAUCUGCUCCACUACUUUACGUGUCACCUCGAAUGUAACGAGCUGAUAGUAGCGACUCCCCUAUGCGAGUACAACAUGGGGGAAUACAUCAUGUGCAUCAAACAGCACGGUAACAUGCACCUGCGUGCUUUCGAUGUCGCAAAGCAAUUUCUCUCCGGAUUGAGAUUCCUGCACGAUCGCAAAGAACCGAUAGUGCAUGGUAACUUGAAACCCUCAAAUAUUUUCCUUGAUCUAAGCGGUAAUGUCCGUAUUGCUGAAUUCGGAAUACACAAAGUUGGUGAUUUGCUUAAUAACCAUAUUUAUAAUCUCACAGACCGCUUACAGGCGUUAUACACUUUUACUGAGGCACCGAAUACAUCUUUAAUCUGGUUUGCUAGAGAAACGCUGAAUAAUUUUAGGGAAACUGCUACUGUUAUAUGUACGCGUGCCUCUGACGUUCAAGUUGCUGGCAUGAUCGUGCAUUUCAUAUUUUCGGCCGGAAAGCAUCCAUUCGGCGAGACAAUGGACGAAAUAUUGAGAAACUUGGAAGACGCGCUACCUCGCAUACUCACCAAUAAUAUUGACUUACAAGAUUUAAUUUCCUGGAUGUUGCUGUACGACCCUGGAGAUAGGCCGUCGAUUAAUCAAGUUUUGAACCAUGUAUUUUUCUGGUCGCAAGACAGGAGGUGGCGUUUCAUACUGGCGUGUGCCGGUCUAAGCACUUACGGUACACCUUUGAACAUUUCCGUCAAGGAAUUAUUUUUGUACAUCAAGAUGGUAGCUGUUCGACAAAAUAUUAAGGGUAAAUGGAUAGCGAUGACCAAACAGAGAUUUCCAAACUACAACUAUUCAGACGAGGACGAGGAUAGUGUCGCUGGAUUGCUGGCUUUUGUUCGUGCCUGCGUUCAAAAUGGAAUGGCGUACUGUGUUGUGGGCGCUCACGAUUUGCAUAACUACAUUUUGGAAACUUUCCCUGUGUUACCACUGUCGUUGUAUAGAAUACUGGAGUCUUCGCAGUGGUUAACUCAUAACGUCCUAAAACCAUUUACUGCGGCCGAUAGUGUUUCUGCAUAGGAAGAUUCCGAGUUUACUGUCUUAUACAAUAACGUUGAAGUAGUUUGUAGUACCUAGUUAGUAUAGUUGAACCUA